GCCAUGUCCUUUCUGUUCAAGAGCCGUUAUGGACUGACCGAAAUACAAAUCGGCUUAACCUUGAUCGCCAAUGGAGUUGGAUCCAUGGUUGGCACACUGGUGACUGGCAAAAUCCCUUGAUAUCGACUACCGCCGCGUCAAAUCCAAUUACGACGCUUCAUUCGACAGCGAACAAGGGACCAUUGUGUCUCAAGCUAGCCGCGAAGAUAAUUUUCCGCUAGAAAAUGCCCGUCUUCGACUUGUGCCGAUCUUCACUACUCUGCAAUGCAUUCUCUAUAUUCCUGUUCGGCCGGACCAUCCAAUAUUCUCACCAAGUGCAUAUUGCAGUUCCUAUUGUCUCGAUUUUUAUUUCGGGAUGGACAGCUAUCUCUACGCAAUCUCUUAUCGCGACAUACCUCGUCGACGUCUUCCCUGAUACAAGUGCGGCAGCCAGUGCUAGCCUGAAUCUUGCAAGGUGUCUUUUCGCGGCGGGGGGGGACGAGCUUCAUUGCGCCCAUGAUCAAUGGCGUCGGGGUUGGAGUGGCAUUCACUAUUUGUGUUGCUGUCCAGCUUGUGGCAUUGAUCGGUCCUUUGGUUCAGUGGAAAUUUGCAGCUGGAUGGAGGAGAAAGGAGAGGGAGGAGGUUGCGCGAAAAGCACAAGAAAAGAAUAAAUUGUUUCUCUUAUCCAGUCUGCACGUCGAUAAGAUUUGAUCACCUAAAAGUCCAAUAUUUUGGUUUUCAGCCCUUGUCAUGAAUAGAUGGAGCGAAGAGAACGGCAGGGCAAUAGAUUACGAUAAUAAUAGAAGAGUA